UUUACGACAGCUGAUAGUGUUUACUAAUUUUACUAGUUGCUUUGAAUUAACAAUAUAUUUAAUAACAAUUAAUAAUUAAGCAAAUCAAAUAAUAAUAAACAAAAUUUAACACCAUGUUAAAUAGUUUAAAAAAAAAAUUUAAUAAUGCUUUACAAGAAGCCUCCAUAAUAACAGAGAAUUUGCAGCAACAAUAUCGCCAACGUGUCACAACGCCAGAUAGCUUGAGUAGCAGUCGCAGUUCAUUAGCCACUUCUACCUUAGAUUUAGGUCUGCCCUCUGAUGUUAAUGUAGCUGCUGGCUGCAAUUUAUUGGCCAAAUAUGAGGAUGAUUGGAAAAUCAUACAUCAAAACAAUGUGGAAAAUGCCAAAAAAGCUCAAGAUGUUGCUAAACAAAUACACACAAUUGAGAAGAGUAUGACAAAUCAUCAUGUAGUAAUGACCGACCUAAUACACUGCCUAUCGGGUAUACCGACUUUGGUGGCAAAAUUAAAAACCUGCCAGGAGACCUUAAACGAAGUCAAUAAUCUUAGUGAAAUAGUUGAUAAGGAGUUGGAAAAGCUGGAGGAUUUAUGUGAGGAAUGCGAACUGCAAGAAUACAUAUUGGAAAAACAAUGUGAAAUUUCGAAAUAUAAACAAAAGAAAAUGGAGGACCUGGAAUUGUAUAGACAAAAAAUCGCUGCUGAACACCAACAGCGCAUUAAAGACCAUGAGGGAAAUUUAAGAAAAAUCCAAAAAGAGCGUCAAGCUGUAUUUGAUGAUGCUUUCCGCCAUGAUUUAGAAGAAUUUAAACAAAAGGGUCAUAUACCGAAAAUCCACACAAAUUUAAAUCAAGAGGUUUCUUUAGAAGAGGUGAUUUUAGAUGAUACUGAAACUAAGGACGCUUUGGAAGAAUUCUUAGAAGGUUAAAAACCAGUAUUUCAAGUGUAAUUUAAUUUAAGUAAUGAUCAUAAAGUGCCUAUCAAUAUACAUAAUACAUAUUAUAUUAUAUACAAAACUAUUUAGUAGUGCAAUAUACAAUU